AUGCCUAUAACCAUCAAGCGCAAAGCACCUGAAGCUGACCCGCCUCCUCGCCCAACAGCAAUCCCUUCAACUCUACCUCCUUCCGUCGAGGAAGCCUAUCGACGAAAAUGCGUCCAACUCAAGAACCGCACAAAUGAGGUCGAAGACGCCAACGACGCCGCCCGUCUUCGCCUCGCUCGUAUCAAGCGCCAAGUCGAAAAGUUGCGGAUAGAACGCGCUUUCUUGCUCGAACAACUCGCAAAGCGCACGAGCGCAAACGUCGAGGACUCGGACGGCAGCCCGAGUCCACCCCCAACAAAGCCAAAGGAUAAGCCUCUGCGAACGAAACGAGGCCACCGCAAGUCCAUGAUGCCAGAUGCCGAUUCUAAAGGAGCCGCUGGUACAUCCUUCAACGCUGCUGGUUCCCCUACAUCCGACACCUUCUCGCACCCACCAGAGAGCCUCUCCAAGUCAGGACAUGCCAAUGGUGUGUCCACGAAUGAUACCCAGAAGCCUACUAGUGCUUUCGAUCUUUUCUGUCAAGAGACACGGCCGGGCCUUGAAAAUAAGGACAAGGACGGCGAUUUGGACUUGAACAUUGAGGAUGAGCUGGCUCGUGCCUGGAAAGAACUUCCAGAAGGCGAAAAGGAUGACUUUGAGGCGAAGUUUGAACUCGCUAUAGCCAAGAGCUCGGAGAGGAAGAAGAGCCCCGAAUCUGACAAGAGGGAUGACAAGCCCGCCGAAUCCAAGCCGGCAACUCAGGACGAGGAUGUCGAGAUGGGUGACGACACAGAGGAUCAGGAUACACAGCCGGGCGAGAAGGCAGAAGAGUGA